AUGAGCGCUGGCCUAGGACCGAGCAGCAGCUCAUGGCCAGACCUCCUGCCCGAGUUGCUAGUCCAGGUCCUCCUGCGCGUACCGUCCCACGCCGACCGCGUCCGCUUCCGUGCCGUCUGCAGCUCCUGGCGCUCCGUGGUGCAACCGUGCGACCUGCCCCCGCUGCUCCCAUGGGUCGCCCUCCGCGACGGCGCCUUCCUCAGCCUCCCGGACGGAGCACUCUACCGGUUGCCCUUUCCGGCCGAUGUUUCCCACCGCGUCUCCAUGGGCGACACGCUCUUCUCCGUCCACCGCGACGCCACCUGCUACCGGACGAACCCUCUCACCGGGGAGACGACCAGCGAACACAUCGACCCCGACAUUCUCUGGUCCGACAUGAGGAUGAGGACACACAACGUCCGCAAGGUGGUGGUAUCCGACCGUGUCGUCGCCGCUAUAGGCAUCAGCUGCCUCAAAGCGAGCAUCUGCUCCCGCGCGCCGCAGACUUGCUCGGCCUGCUUCCAGUGUGAGCUGCCCGCCGACGACAUCGUGCUCUUCCAAGGGAAGCUCUACCUACUCACCUCACGACAUUUUCCCAUUACUCUACAACUACAUCGCAAGCUCCACGCCAUGGACUUGGGCCAAGCCAUAGCCAACGACACACAUACCCUGCCGGCCUACUUGUAUAAGCGCCACUACUACUUGGUGGUGUCCGGUGACCGGCUGCUCAUGGUUGAACGGGAGGUCGAGAUGGAGCCCGCCGGCAAUGUACCCAGACGGACUCGCCGGCUCGAGGUCUUCGAGGCAACGGGCUUGCUGGACGGAUCAGGCCAUGCGCGCUGGCGGAAGGUUGAUACGUUGAUGGGGCAUGCUCUUUUUAUCAGCCUGGACUGCUCUUGGUCGAUCCCUGUUGCCAGCCAUUACGGCCGCGCGGUUGCCGGAGCUCAGGAAGAUUGUGUCUACUUUAUGAACGAGCAUAAACUCCACUCUAGCACUGACGGAAAGCCCGAGGAUGAUUUCCGCAACUGCGGUGUGUACAAUAUCAGAGACCAGACCAUGUCGCCGUUGCCAACAGAGUUGGCGUCCACUCUGGCUUCACAUGGCGGUCCAUGGUCUUUGACUUGGUUUUUCUUGCCCCACAUAUGA